UCGCGGUUCGCACCUUGUUUGCACGCGUGGUGUCCCACGUGAGGGUCAUUACGUAAAACUCCUUUUUGACCAAUCAGCACCAAAGCACUUGAAACGGAAGUUGUAUGAGCCUCGUCCACAAAAACGGUAAACAAUCGCAUCCCCUUCGCCAAAAUCGCGGAUGCUUUGUGAAAAUCAUUCAGGUUUCGAGAUGAAACACAACUCGAACGUCCCGGCUUUCCUCACCAAGCUGUGGACGCUGGUCGAGGAUGCGGACACCAAUGAACUUAUUUGCUGGAGUCAGGAGGGCAAUAGCUUCCUAGUGCUGGAUGAGCAGCGGUUCGCCAAGGAGAUUCUCCCCAAGUUCUUCAAGCACAACAACAUGGCCAGCUUCAUCAGGCAGCUCAAUAUGUAUGGCUUCCGUAAAGUGAUGCACCUUGACCAAGGCAUCGUCAAGCAGGAGAGAGACGGCCCUGUGGAGUUUCAGCAUGCUUGCUUCAAACAAGGACAGGAUGACCUGCUGGAGAACAUCAAGAGAAAGGUCUCAAACACGCGUCCCGAGGAAACCAAGAUUCGACAAGAAGACCUGUCCACCAUCUUGGCCAGCGUUCAGAGCGUUCACAGCAAGCAAGAAAACGUCGAGAUCAGGCUCGCAACCCUGAAGAGGGAGAACGAAACUCUGUGGACCGAGAUCUCGGAUUUGAGACAGAAGCACGCCCACCAGCAACAGCUCAUCAAGAAGUUGGUACAUUUCAUCGUCACGCUGGUACAGAACAACCACCUGUUGAAUCUAAAGCGCAAAAGGCCGAUUCUCAUGAACGGCAACGGAAAGAAGGCCAAAUAUUUCCACGAGCUCUACGAUGACAAAGUGUGCGUGGAGCAGUCGCCCGUCAGCAGUCGGAAUAGCGUGAAGGCUUCCGAGGCGUUGGAUGACGUCAUCAUCUGCGACUUCACCGAGAACAACGUCGAGCGGGCCACCGACAUCACAGACGGCUCGCCCAGAAACAACGAGCUGUGCGACGUUGAAAUAGUGGAAGUCGAUUUGGAAGCCUGCCCGGUGCUGGAAGCCGAGGCCGAGGCUUCCGACGCCGCCUGCGUGGAAGACGUCAAAGAGGCCGAAGCGGCGGGACAGGCGAGGAGCGGCGCGGCGGAUGCCAACGGAGCGACCGGCGGCGGCGGCGCUCUUCAGCUCAAUAAAGCGUGCGGUCCCAGUCUGGAAGACCACUUCAAGAUGAUGGACUCCAUACUCAAGGAAAACGGAGCCAUCUCGCAGAAUAUCAACCUCCUGGGCAAGCUUGAGCUCAUGGACUACUUGGACAGCAUCGACUGCAGUCUGGAGGACUUUCAGGCCAUGCUUUAUGGCAAACCGGGCAUCGACGUCGAUCCCUUUGAGGAGAGCGCGUCCUCCAAACAAAUCCCGACGCAAGUCGACAGAGGCAAGCAGGUGGAAAACCACACAGACAAGCAGCUGAUCCAGUACACUUCCUGUCCCCUGCUGGCCUUCCUGGAUGGCUGCGCCGCCCCCGCGGAAUCGGAGCUGGGCGGUGGGAGCGGCGCCUCGGCCUCCGCCGCUUACGUGGGCUCGGAGCCCCCGUCGGAGCUGAUGGACGUGGGCGUGGAGUCGAGGCCGCCCGGGCGCAGCUCCCUCGUCCGCCUGGAGCCCCUCACGGAGGCCCAAGCCAGCGAAGAAACGCUUUUCUACUUGUGCGAACUGAGUCCCGGCGGCCCGGAUGCCAUCUGCCCCGAAAUGGACCAAGUGUGAGCGCCGAGGCCACCUUGUGGCCUCCCCCUCUCGCUGCGGUUGUGCGACUUCACCGGCAAGGCUUUCACACUGAACCGGUUUACGGACAGAAAUGAAUAAGCUGAUAUUUGUUUGUUUUUUUUUUUUCGUUUUCAAAAUCUAAUUACUGUCGCGUGUUUCGUGAAACUCUGUUGCCGUGUCAAAAUUUGCACUUCUACUACCGGCACACAACAGCGAUAUCUGUCGAGUUCAAUGUCACCGUUUUCCCUGCCGUCACCGGACGUUGAGCCUCCGCGCGCUUUUGGCUGCCACCGCGAAGCAACUAGCUCGCGGUCCACAAACGGGGGCGUUUCUUGCUUUUAGAAGCUGGGGGGCUCGUCUUGCGUUCUGCGGAAGGGAAGCCUUUUCUGUCGCGCGUGUGUCGAAACGUUCAACGGGUUUGUUUUUGAUCUGAAUUGUUUUCAGCUUAUGUCGAGUUGAAGCACAGACUGCGACCGGUGUAAAUGCGCACCAGCGUCUCGAACACCGAUAAUAUGCUUUCCUGAGCACGUAGGCUGUAUAAAAUAUCUCUAUUUAUUCUCGUUUGUUUUUUUGUUUAGUUCUUGUCAUUUUCGGUCUUUUCCACAACAGCUGUCAUAAAGCAACAUUCCUGAUGUUAGCGUCACAGUUGGCACGCUUCCCUUUGAGUUCCCUUGGAUUUGUUAUUUUGUCCCCCCAAAUUCUUGACAACUGGAACAAAGCUAAUUGAAUGAGCGCUUGGGAUGUUAACGACAAAACAAGCGGUCGGUUUCCCUGUGUGAUUCUGAUUAGAAAAACAAUGGCGGCUUGUAC